ACACCCAAUCCUUCUACCCUGGGGCCCCGGCGUGAGCGCCAAGUGCACCCACGCCCCGCGCCCCGUCCCGGUUCCCGCCCGCCGCCCGCCGCCCGCGCCUCUUCCUGACGCGCCUGGGGACCCACGGCCCCGCCCCGCGGCCGGGCUGGGCGAGCGGCGACCGCGGCUGAGGUACAGGUGCCUCGCGGUGCAGCCGGGUCGCCUUCCAGCCCGUCCGCCUCCCGACCAGGGCCCGCGCCCCGUCCCGCCUCUCUCCCGCCCAGCCAAAUGCAGGCCGCCGCCCUCCCUGAGGAGAUCCGUUGGCUCCUGGAAGAUGCUGAAGAGUUUCUGGCAGAAGGUUUGCGGAAUGAGAACCUCAGCGCUGUUGCAAGGGAUCACAGAGACCAUAUUCUACGGGGCUUUCAGCAAAUCAAAGCCAGGUACUAUUGGGAUUUUCAGCCCCAAGGGGGAGACAUUGGACAGGACAGCUCUGAUGAUAAUCACAGUGGGACUCUUGGCCUGUCCCUCACAUCCGAUGCACCCUUUUUGUCAGAUUAUCAGGAUGAGGGAAUGGAAGACAUCGUAAAAGGAGCUCAAGAACUUGAUAAUGUAAUCAAGCAAGGAUACUUGGAGAAGAAAAGCAAAGAUCACAGUUUCUUUGGAUCGGAGUGGCAGAAGCGAUGGUGUGUUGUCAGCAGAGGUCUCUUCUACUACUAUGCUAAUGAGAAGAGCAAGCAGCCCAAAGGGACCUUCCUCAUUAAGGGCUACAGUGUACGGAUGGCCCCCCACCUGCGAAGAGAUUCCAAGAAAGAAUCCUGCUUUGAACUGACCUCCCAGGAUAGGCGCAGCUAUGAGUUUACAGCUACUAGUCCAGCAGAAGCCAGAGACUGGGUGGAUCAAAUAAGUUUCUUGUUAAAGGAUCUGAGCUCCUUAACCAUUCCAUAUGAAGAGGAUGAGGAGGAAGAAGAAAAAGAAGAGACAUAUGAUGAUAUUGAUGGUUUUGACUCCCCAAGUUCUGGUUCCCAGUGCAGACCCACUAUCUUGCCUGGGAGUGUGGGGAUAAAAGAGCCUAUAGAGGAGAAAGAAGAAGAAGAUAUUUACGAAGUCUUGCCAGAUGAAGAGCAUGAUCUAGAAGAAGAUGAGAGUGGCACUCGACGAAAAGGAGUAGACUAUGCCAGUUACUACCAGGGCCUAUGGGAUUGCCAUGGUGACCAGCCAGAUGAACUGUCCUUCCAGCGGGGUGACCUCAUCCGCAUUCUGAGCAAGAGACGGGGUUUCACCGUGGUCUCAAUCUCCUGACCUCGUGAUUCGCCCGCCUCGGCCUCCGAAAGUGCUGGGAUUACAAGCUUGAGCCACCGCGCCCGGCCAAAAAAGGAUGGAUUAUUACAGAUCAAUCACUGACGUGAAGAAGAUUCAGAACUCAUGGGCUACAGUUUGGGGAAUCAGUAGCAUCAUGUUGGUAAAGACCAUACAUAUUCUAUAGGUGGGCUAAAAUAAUAGGCUCUGUCCCUAGCACUUAUUAAAAAGCCCUCUCUCUAUGCAGCCAAUCAAUCUCUACAAACACAUUUUUGAAAUAGGCACAACUUGCUCUUUAAUUGCUGAGUAUGUGGAUUCCAUAAAGGAAAACUGAAAACCCAUUGGUUAUUAAUC